AUGUCUCAGAGAUCUGAUGGGCUCUUCACAUACAGUAGGAAAGCAAGGAUUGAUGUUUCCUCAAUAGUACCUUCUUUACUCAAGCUGAAGUCUUUCUUCUGUUGCCUUCAACCUGAGUGGAAAAAGACAGUGGCCCAGCAGGAAUCCAUCAGGCAAGAGUAUUGCAGAAAAGCCUGGACAGUCAUGGUGCUGAAAGAAAUGAAGGCAUUUGAAUUUGAGACCCAAGAAGGAAAACAAUAGAUGUUUCACACUGCAGUGGCUAUGGAGAGUGCGUUCUUUUAUGUAAAAGUUUUCAAUAAAUAGCUGAAGGAUAAAUUCACUCCAAAAAAUAUUAUGAUAUCAAAAUAUUAUUGGCAUAGUUGUUUCCUGGAAGCAAAUAGUGCCUCCAUUGUGUGUGAUGUUGAAUCUGACCAACAGAUCAGUGUCCCACAGCACAUUAUCAGAAAACCUGGUGAAACCCCAAAGAAUAAGCUUCAAACUCAGCCGCAUAAAACAAUUGUGAAUAGGCUGUUUGUAGUCCAGAAGGUAAUUAUAUAUAAUUUUAUGUUGAUUAAUAGGAAUUGUUUAUUCUCCUCUAUAAGCUUGGAGAGACUUUAGAAAUUAUUCAUUUCAAAAUAUUUUUAUAGGGCUUCCCUGGUGGCACAGUGGUUGGGAGUCCACCUGCCGAUGCAGGGGA